AUGAAAUUCUUUUCCGGCACGAAGACUCCACGCUCCUAUCAGGUGAUCCUCGCUGCGUCCGAACUCGGCCCUUAUGUGCCAGGCCUCGGCCAGGCAUACCACACCUCCAUCCUGGUGGACAACAUGGAGUAUGAGUUUGGGGGUGGCGGGAUCAACGUCAGCAAAGGGCCCGUUAGCCACCGACGCUUCAGCCGGGGGCACGAGAUGGUCCAUUUGGGGAGCACCACCUUGAACCCCAAGGCCAUGAUGACGUUGCUCACCGACUAUUUCCAGCCUGGCACGUACGACAUGCUGAGAAAGAACUGCAAUUCCUUCACCAGCUGCUGUCUUCAUUUCCUCUUGGGGAAAGCGAUGGAUCCCAAGUACACGGUGAUGGAGGGCAUGGCCACGAGCCUGGACAACUACACAUACCUGGUCCGCAUGGUGAUGCCCGACUACCAGCCCAACCCGUACGCGGAGGGCUUCAGCGUCGAGCUCGUGUGUGUCGACAUCAACCACCACCAGGAGAUGCUGCAAAAAGCAGGUGAAGAGAAGGGCAAGGCCUGGGCGUCCCUUCGGCGCCUACGAAGGAAAGCGAUGAGUGGGAGGGAGAUCUUGCGAAAUGUGCUCUGCGGCAGUAAGUUCGC